AUGGCUGUGGAAUUGAAAUUAAAAAUCAACAACACACACACAAAUGGUUUGGUCGAGCAUAAUCAGCGGAUAUGUCUAGCCAGUGCUUCCUCUAUACUUAGCUACUCUAUGGACUGGACUAUCUUGGACUCUUACAAGGACACUAGGAAAUUACUUGAAUCCCUUGAAAUCCUCCAGCAGCCACAGCUAAUGGCCAUUUUGGGUGAUUCGACGCUCAGUCUACACAAAAUGGCUGAUUUACGCGAUAUAAACCUCUCUAUUAAGAACGUUGUCGCUAUUUCUACUCUCAAUUCCACUCACUCUUCUCUCUCCGCGGAGGCUGCGAUGCAAGGCCGUAAGAGGGGCACAUCUAAACGGCGCAUACGGCUACGGCCGAUAGAUCCGCUAGAAACGCCCACGCCCAUCCAAUCCCUUCUCGCUGUGGUCACCAAACGUAAGGUGUCUGUCUACACCUGGACACAAGACACAGCUCAACACACCGACAUUCCACUGCCCAACACUCCCAAACUGGUGAAGAUACUCAACCCUUACACCACAUUCAUCGCUUACUCAGCUUCUGAAUACUCCCUCAUCCAAUUCGAUAUCAAGUCUCAAUCCGUUUACUCGAUAAAUGACGUCAUUCUCCCCAGCACCAACAAAUCCUCCCUCACUGCAAACCUCACCGGCUUUCUCUACCGCUCCAAGCCUCUUAUGACUCCUCUCGACAGUGAGCACAUUAUCCUCGUCGAUGGCACCCAAGUCCUCGUCAUCGAUCAGGAUGGCGUCAUUGCGAAAUCUACGACGAUACCUGCAUCCGCAGAUGACAUAGCUUCAGCCAGGCCAUUCAUAUACAUCACUAUUCCUCCAUACUCCAACGAGACGGGUUCCACCCACGUCUACUCCUCCUAUACUCUCGAACUGGUGCAGGUCCUCCCAGUCGUAUGCAGCUUUCUCCACAAAUCCUCCUCUGUACUUUACGUUGAUGCCCCGGACGGUGUCUCUACUAUAGAACUGGUCAACACUAAGCUGCUCAUCGACAGCAGCGUCAAGCAGGGUAAAUAUGACGAGGCGCUCGCGCUCCUCGACAGUGGUAGCGGUAUUGACAUUACCCAAGCUGAGCAGGCGGAACUGCGCCUUAAAAUACUUCAACUUUACUCCAUCAGUCUCGUCGAUGCGGGGUUGGUUGACGACGCGAUUGAUAUUUUUAUCGAACUGCACACCAACCCCGCCAAAGUGAUUGCACUCUUCCCCGAAAACAUCUCAGGUAGGCUGUACACACCGACGCACGAGUGGAGCAUCCUCUUCGGGGACUUCGCCAAGCUGUACAAACACGUCGACGAGAGGGGGGAGAGUGAGUGCGAAGACGCUAUCCACAACUCUGCCUCUAUGUCCUCAAUCAAGAGCGACACGGACUCCGCGUCGGUUAAGAGCAAUGGCACUGCUCGGACAGCAAAAAAAGAGAAGAGCUCUAUUGAAGCCCUACUGCGCUAUCUCACUGACAGAAGGCAGAAAUUGAAGGGGAGCAUGAGCCAGAAGAAGCACUCUGCGUGCACAUCUCUCAACGUGAAACUCACCGAUCUCACCAAACAGCAGCUCCUCGACCUCCCGAGCAGCCCGGCAGAGAGCCUUAACGGCAGUGAGCUCGCUGUGUUGGCUGCUGUCGUCGACACUGCGCUGUUCAAAGCUUAUAUAGAAACUAGACCUGCACUCGUUGGCUCUCUGUGUCGGCUCGAGAAUCACUGUCAGCCUGAGGAGGUGGAGGUUUCACUCCUCGACAGAAGAAAAUACAGUGAAUUAGUGUCCCUCUACAAGAGUAAAAAUAUGCAUGGCAAAGCUCUCGACCUGCUCAAAAGAUUGUGUCUUGAGAGCGAAAGUGAGAAUGAGAAUGAGAAUGGUAAUGAGGAAAGUGACUUAGAGCCGUGCAUCGCCUACACGCAACAGCUAGGUCGAGAGUAUAUCGAUCUCAUACUCGACAAAUCGAGAUGGAUGUUCGACGUGAACAAAGACAUAGCGAUACAGAUAUUUAUAGCAGACGACGAGAGGGUGGAGAGUCUGCCGCGUCUGCGCGUCGCGCACUACCUUCACGACAUCGACAGCCAUCUCAGCCUGCGCUAUCUCAAAUACGCCACAGAGGAGAUUAACGACCAGGAUCCAGCGCUGCAUGACUACUAUGCUGACGCGCUCCUACAAGCUACAUUACAUAGUCGAAACACACCCUCUUUCGACAGCACAUACGCUUCUUAUGUCGCCUUCUUAUCACGUAGUCAGCAGUAUGCACCGAAAGAACGGCUCAGAGGUAUUCCAGCGGAUGCUCUCCUCCUCGCGCGCGCUAUCCUCGCCGACCGUCUGGGGCGGCACGAUGACGCGCUGCGCCUGUACGCACUCGACUUGCGCGACUAUGAUAGCGCCAAGAAGUACUGCAAUCACGUCGAGAGCAAGGAUCGGUCGAUAUACACAAAGCUGCUCAAGCUAUAUCUCCGGUGUGAUGAACGUACAGCACCGGCGAGCUAUUACAAGACUUCGUCCGCGUCGGCUUCGGUGUCGCCGUCACCGACCCCGUCGCGCACGCCUAUCUCUGAUGACACUUCCAAUCCGCUCAAUGCACCCAAUGCACUCUAUAUGAAAGAAGCAGUCCUUUUGCUCACCGCGUUUCCCACCAAGUUCAAUCUCAGCGAGGUGCUUAACCUCAUUCCAAGCAUCACUACGGUCGAUGAGUUGAACGUAUUCUUGCUGCGCAGCUACAAAGCUAUCGUUGGAAAACAAAGAUGGAACUCUGUCACUGCUAAUAUUCGUAAAGCUGAAGAUACACGACUGGCUGCGAAGCUGGUAGAUUUGGAGAGCAGGUAUGUUGUUGUGGAUGACAACAGAGUCUGUCCGGAAUGCCUAAAACGUUUAGGGAAUAGUGUCAUUUCUGUACACUCCCCUCGUGGCCAGGUCACACAUCUCGGCUGCAAAGACCGUUUCAGUGUAAAGCUGCAACGUACACAAGGAUAUACAAAACAAGACACUAUCUAA